ACUCCGACUCCGGCUCCGGUUGCCGUCUGCAACCUCCGCUGCGGCCACUGCUGCCAGUCCGCUGGUGGCUCAGGUGGCUAGUCGCUUCGAUGUCCUAGACCAGGGGGCCCUCCCCGGGCCGGACUCGACUGGGCUCCCUGCAACCCCCGCCGGAGUCAUGAGGGCCAACCGGGCUCUGCAGGUGCUGGGCUUCCUUCUCAGCCUGGCCCGCGGCUCCGAGGUGGGCAACUCUCAGGCAGUGUGUCCAGGGACUCUGAACGGGCUGAGUGUGACUGGAGAUGCUGAGAACCAGUACCAGACAUUGUAUAAGCUCUAUGAGAGGUGCGAGGUGGUGAUGGGCAACCUCGAGAUUGUGCUCACAGGACACAAUGCUGACCUUUCCUUCCUGCAGUGGAUUCGAGAAGUGACAGGCUAUGUCCUUGUGGCCAUGAAUGAAUUCUCUACACUUCCGUUGCCUAAUCUCCGAGUGGUACGGGGAACCCAGGUCUACGAUGGGAAGUUUGCCAUCUUUGUCAUGUUGAACUAUAAUACCAACUCCAGCCACGCUCUGCGCCAGCUCCAUUUUACUCAGCUCACUGAGAUUCUGUCAGGGGGUGUUUAUAUUGAGAAGAAUGACAAACUUUGCCACAUGGAUACAAUUGACUGGAGGGACAUCGUGAGGGAUCGAGACGCUGAGAUAGUGGUGAAGGACAAUGGCAGAAGCUGUCCCCCCUGUCAUGAGAACUGCAAGGGACGAUGCUGGGGUCCUGGACCGAAAGACUGCCAGACAUUGACCAAGACCAUCUGUGCCCCUCAGUGUAAUGGGCACUGCUUUGGGCCUGACCCUAACCAGUGCUGCCAUGACGAGUGUGCAGGGGGCUGCUCCGGACCCCAGGACACAGAUUGCUUUGCCUGCCGACACUUCAAUGACAGUGGGGCCUGUGUACCCCGGUGUCCACAGCCUCUUGUGUACAACAAGCUAACUUUCCAGCUAGAGCCCAACCCCCACACCAAGUAUCAGUAUGGAGGAGUUUGUGUGGCCAGCUGUCCUCAUAACUUUGUGGUGGAUCAGACAUCCUGUGUCAGGGCCUGUCCUCCUGAUAAGAUGGAAGUAGAUAAAAAUGGGCUGAAGAUAUGUGAACCUUGUGGAGGGCUGUGCCCAAAAGCCUGUGAGGGGACAGGCUCUGGGAACCGGUUCCAGACUGUGGACUCGAGCAACAUUGAUGGAUUUGUGAACUGCACCAAGAUUCUGGGCAACCUGGACUUUCUUAUCACCGGCCUCAAUGGGGACCCCUGGCACAAAAUCCCUGCCCUGGACCCUGAGAAGCUCAAUGUCUUCCGAACAGUAAGGGAAAUCACAGGGUACCUGAACAUCCAGUCCUGGCCUCCUCACAUGCACAACUUCAGUGUUUUCUCCAACCUGACAACCAUUGGGGGCAGAAGCCUCUAUAACCGGGGCUUCUCCUUGUUGAUCAUGAAGAACUUGAAUAUCACAUCUUUGGGCUUCCGAUCCUUGAAGGAAAUUAGUGCUGGGCGUAUCUACAUAAGUUCAAACCGGCAGCUCUGCUACCACCACUCUUUAAACUGGACCAAGCUGCUUCGAGGGCCUUCAGAAGAGCGACUAGACAUUAAGCAUAAUCGGCCUCGCAGAGAUUGCGUGGCAGAAGGCAAAGUAUGUGAUCCGCUGUGUUCCUCUGGGGGAUGCUGGGGCCCAGGCCCUGGUCAGUGCUUAUCCUGUCGAAACUACAGCCGAGGUGGUGUCUGUGUGACUCACUGCAACUUUCUGAAUGGGGAACCUCGAGAGUUUGCUCAUGAAAGUGAAUGCUUCUCCUGCCACCCAGAAUGCCAACCCAUGGAGGGUGUUGCCACAUGCAAUGGCUCGGGCUCUGAUGCUUGUGCCAAGUGUGCCCAUUUUCAAGAUGGGCCCCACUGUGUGAGCAGCUGCCCCUAUGGAAUCCUAGGUGCCAAGGGGCCUAUCUACAAGUACCCAGAUGCUCAAAAUGAAUGUCGGCCCUGUCAUGAAAACUGCACCCAGGGGUGCAAGGGCCCAGAGUUGCAAGACUGUUUAGGCCAAACACUAGUAUUAAUCAGCAAAACCCAUCUGGCAAUGGCUUUGACAUUAGGAUUGGCUGUGAUUUUCCUGAUCCUGGGUGGCACUAUUCUUUAUUGGCGUGGACGCCGGAUUCAGAAUAAAAGGGCUAUGAGGCGCUACUUGGAACGGGGCGAGAGCAUAGAGCCUCUGGAUCCCAGCGAAAAGGCAAACAAAGUCUUGGCCAGAAUCUUCAAAGAGACAGAGCUAAGGAAGCUUAAAGUCAUUGGUUCAGGCGUCUUUGGAACUGUACACAAGGGGGUGUGGAUCCCUGAAGGUGAAUCCAUCAAGAUUCCAGUCUGCAUUAAAGUCAUCGAGGAUAAGAGUGGACGACAGAGUUUUCAAGCUGUAACAGAUCAUAUGCUGGCCAUUGGCAGCCUAGACCACGCCCACAUUGUGCGGCUGCUAGGGCUAUGCCCAGGGUCAUCUCUUCAGCUUGUCACUCAGUUCCUGCCUCUGGGCUCCCUGCUGGAUCAUGUGAGGCAGCACCAAGGAGCAUUGGGGCCACAGCUGCUGCUCAACUGGGGAGUUCAAAUUGCCAAGGGCAUGUACUACCUUGAGGAGCACGGUAUGGUGCACAGGAACCUGGCUGCUCGUAACGUACUGCUCAAGUCACCCAGUCAGGUUCAAGUGGCAGAUUUUGGUGUGGCCGACCUGCUGCCUCCUGAUGAUAAACAGUUAUUACACAGUGAGGCCAAGACUCCAAUCAAGUGGAUGGCUCUUGAGAGUAUCCACUUUGGGAAAUACACACACCAGAGUGAUGUCUGGAGCUAUGGUGUGACAGUUUGGGAAUUGAUGACAUUUGGAGCAGAGCCCUAUGCGGGAUUGCGAUUGGCUGAAGUACCAGACCUGCUAGAGAAAGGAGAGCGGUUAGCACAGCCCCAGAUCUGCACCAUUGAUGUCUACAUGGUCAUGGUCAAGUGUUGGAUGAUUGAUGAGAAUAUUCGCCCAACCUUUAAGGAACUAGCCAAUGAGUUCACCAGGAUGGCCCGUGACCCACCACGUUACCUGGUCAUAAAGAGAGAGAGUGGGCCUGGAAUCCCCCCGGGGGCAGAGCCAAACAAGGAACUCGAGGAAGUAGAGCUGGAGCCAGAGCUGGACCUGGACCUCGACCUGGAGGCAGAGGAGGACAGCCUGGCCACCACGCUUGGCUCUGCCCUCAGCCUGCCAGUUGGAACUCUUAGUCGGCCACGUGGGAGCCAGAUUAGUCCCUCAUCUGGAUACAUACCCAUGAACCAGAGUAAUCUUGGCGAGGCCUGCCUGGAGUCUGCAGUUAGUGGGGCUAGUGAACGAUGCCCCCGGCCAGUCUCUCUGCACCCAGUGCCACGGGGACGCCUAACCUCAGAGUCAUCAGAGGGCCAUGUGACAGGCUCUGAGGCUGAGCUCCAAGAGAAAGUGUCAAUGUGUAGAAGCCGAAGCAGGAGCCGGAGCCGGAGCCCGCGGCCACGUGGAGAUAGUGCCUACCAUUCCCAGCGCCACAGCCUGCUUACUCCCGUCACCCCACUCUCCCCACCAGGCUUAGAAGAAGAUAUCAAUGGUUACGUCAUGCCAGAUACACACCUCAAAGGUACUUCUUCCUCCCGGGAAGGCACCCUAUCUUCAGUGGGUCUCAGUUCUGUACUGGGUACCGAAGAUGAUGAAGAAGAUGAGGAGUAUGAAUACAUGAAUCGGAAGAAAAGACACAGCUCAUCUUGUCCCCCAAGGCCUGGUUCCCUUGAGGAACUGGGCUAUGAGUAUAUGGACGUGGGAUCAGACCUCAGUGCCUCUCUGGGCAGCACACAGAGUUGCCCACUCCAUCCUGUGCCUAUCAUGCCCUCUGCUGGCACAACUCCAGAUGAGGACUAUGAAUACAUGAACCGGCGGCGCGGAGGUGGUGGUCCAGGGGGGGAUUAUGCAGCCAUGGAGGCCUGCCCAGCAGCUGAACAAGGAUAUGAAGAGAUGAGAGCUUUCCAGGGGCCUGGACAUCAUGCCCCUCAUGUCCGCUAUGCCCGCCUCAAAACUCUACGUAGCUUAGAAGCCACUGACUCUGCCUUUGAUAACCCUGAUUACUGGCAUAGCAGGCUUUUCCCUAAGGCAAAUGCCCAGAGAACAUAACCCUUGCUCCUUGAAAUCUCGGGGAGCAUUUGAUGGCAGCUAGUGCCUCUAGAGGGUACUCCUUUUCUUCCUGACUCUUCUCCCUCACAGGUCUCAGCCCCAUUUCUCCGGCCCUAGACAAUUCCAUUCAACCUUUGAAGGCUUUUAAACACUUUCACACAAAAUUCUUGUGGUGUGUAGCCAGCUGUGCACUUUCUUCUCCUUCCCAGCCCUGGGAAAGGAGGUUUUCCUGUUUUGUGUGCCUCCCCAAUCCCAUUCCUCAGCUUCCUCAGGGCGACUCCCUGGAGAUAUGAAGGAUUACUCCCAAACCCUUUUCUCUCAGGCUCUUACUUGUUGGGAUUUAGACCCUUUUAAUGUGCCCUUGUUUCCCAUCAGACUGCUCUAAAGAAGAGGAGAUGGAGUAAACCUGGCAGAGCAGAGGAAAGUACCAUGUUGGCUUAAUAAGGCUCUUAAUCCCAUUGGAAAGACUGGGAAGUUUAAAACUUUGUGGGUACUGAUUACUAUUGGUUGAGCAUUUACAAUGAGCCAUGCUAACCUGUGCCUCUCAAUCAUAAUCCUUAGUUUUGUGAGGUAUAGAUUAUCCCAUUUUAUAGAUACAGUAGUCCCAUGGGUGCUACAAAUACCCAGUUGGUGCCUGAAGCUGUGGAUAGUGCUGAACCCUAUAGUUUAUUUUUUUAUUUUAUAUUAACUUUUUUACUUGGUGUACAAAACUGAAUCCUAUAGUAAUGCAUUUUCUAUUUUAACUAAGUACUUAUCAUUCAUUGAAGUGCCACAGAAAAACUAGUACUAAGUUCUUUUUUCCAUUUUCACAAUUUAAUUGAUAGAGUUGUUCUUACUAUCAAUAUUAAUGUAAGACUUUUUUUUCUAAAACUUUUUUUUUAAAUCAAAAAUUAUCACUUUAGCAUUUCUUGACACAUCUGAAUUGCAUUAGCACUCUUGUACUUUGGGGCCAUUUUUUAAGUAAAAUAAGGGUACUCAAAUACAAGUACUGUGAUAACACAGUCAGUCUGAUAACCAAGAGGUUACUAACUGAUUAACAGGCAGGUAGCUUAUACAAUGUGGAUACAGUGGGCACAAAGAUGAUUCACCUACCAGAUGGGAUAGACAGAUGGUUGCAGUUUUUAUCAUGGUACUCAGAAUAGUGUACAAUUUCAACCUUAGGAAUUAUUUCUUGAAUUUUAAUUCGACAUUUUCAGUCUGCAGUUGGCCAUAGGUAACUACAAACUGGAGAGCAAAACCUCAGAAAACAGAGUACUGAGCCUUGAAGAAGUUAAGUAACUUAAUUAAAUGACAGGUCCAGGAUUCAGAAAUCCUAAGUCCUUAUCAGAUGUCAAGAACCAGGUGUGGUGAUGCACCUUUAAUCCCAGCAUUUAGGAGGCAGAGAUAGGAGAAUGAGCUGUGAGUUCGAGGCCACACUGAGGCUACAUGGUGAAUUCCAGGUCAGCUUGGGCUAGAGUGAAACCAUACUUCAAAAACAACAACAAACAAACAAAAAAGAUGUCAAGGGAAACUGGUAUGGCAUGCCCUGAAAUGGCAUUGCUUUUUUAAACUGAGACAGGUUUUCACUUUAUAGCCUAGACUUGGCCUGGGUGGCCUUGAACUCACAGCAAUACUGUCUCAGCCUCCCAAGGGCUGGAAUUAAAGAUGUGACCCACUACACUAGGUUUUGUUUUCUUGUCUUUGCACUGAAUUAAGAAAUAAGCCAAAUUCCAACAGCCACAUCCUCCUCCUACACUCAGACCUCUCAUCUCAGGAAGGGAGGAGGACCCAGAAGGACUAAUAACUCCACAUCUUUGUGUAAACCACAGCCUGAAUGUGCUGUAAAUUAUACACUCCUUGCAAACCAAUUCACAGAGGUCCCCAAGAACCAUUUUUAGGAGGUUUUCUCAUUCAGGAAUGAGAAGCUACUGGUGGUAUAGAGGACGACCCAUCUUGAAACCUCAGUCCUCUUGGUUGGGAACUGGGGAAAAAGUCUUGUACUGUUGAAGUUUUUGUUUUGUUUUUAUACAUGUCUGAAUAAAAAUAUGCCAUUUUUUUCA